AUGCCGAAUCAGCGACCGGAGGAGAUGAUUCGGGGCUUCGGGGAGUUCCCGGGGGAGAAGUCGUCGGAACACCGGAAACAGAACCCUCGACAACAGCAGAUGUUCGACAAAACGUCGGUCGACGGUGGAAUAUCCUCAUCACCAGCAGUAUCACUAGAAGGAAAAUCGAACGAAGGUUCGUCGUCAUAA